CUGUGCACCCGUUACCACGACUCCUAGUUUAAGUCGGAAAGAAGGAAAUAAUACAUUUUGAUGAUAUCCUUGUCUUUGUAUUCUGAUAAAGCGGUUCAUUAACAGCACAUUUAUGUAUUUAUUUUGGUUGCGUUGAAAAAAACAAUUCUGUUUGAUAGCCCGCCGUGGACCACUUAUUUUUCUCACGUGCAGCAGCUCGCAAUGCUGUCCACGAAGGAGAAAGAACUACUUGAAGGUGUGUGGACCCAACUGGUUCCUGUGGCUGAACACAUUGGAGCUGAUGCGCUUCUUAGAAUGUUUACAACCUUCCCUGGCAGCAAGACAUACUUUUCCCACCUGGACAUCAGUCCAGGAUCCAAUCACCUCUUCACCCACGGGAAGAAGAUCGUUCUCGCCAUAGCCGAUGGGGCCCAAAACAUCAGCCAGCUGACGGUAACUCUGGCACCUCUGCAGACUUUGCAUGCCUACCUGCUGCGGAUAGACCCGUCCAACUUCAAGCAUUUCUCACAUUGCAUGCUCGUUGCAUUGGCCGUUCACAUGGGCGAAGAGUUCUCAGAGGUUUUACACGCAGCUAUGGACAAGUACCUGUCAGCUUUUGCAGCAGUGCUCGCUGAAAAAUACAGAUGAGACUUCACCGCCGUACAGUUUAAAAUCCAUUCAUCCAUCUAUUUUCUGAGCCGAAAAUCCUCACCAGGUUCCUGGGAGUGCUGGAGCCUAUCCCAGCUGUCAACGGGCAGGAGGUAGGGUACACCCUGAACUGGUUUCCAGCAAAUUGCAGGGCACAUAGAGACAAGUACUCACGACCACACCUAAGGGUAUUUUAGAUUCCCCAACUAAUGCAUAUUUUUUGGAAAGUGGGAGGAAAUCGGAGUGCCCAUACAGGCACGGGGGAGCACAUGCAAACUCCACAUAGGCAGAGCUGGGAUACAAACAGCACUGUGAGGCCACCGCUCUAACCAGCUGGGCCACCGUGCUGCCCAAGUUUCCAAUCAUCAAAACAAUUUGAAUAGACACAAUCCAAGGAAAUUCAAAAGGGAGUUUUUAAUUGGUUUGAUAAAUUUAUUAAGGCAUAUACAAAAUCCAAAACCUUUCUGACCCUCUGUGUAAAGGUAAUGUAACCACCCCCCUCCCUUAUUUAAAUCGUUUUAGUUUUAUGCUGCUAAUCUCUGGAACAAUUUUUCAGAAGAUGUGAGACAGGCCUCAACUCUGACAAUGUUCAAAUCCAGGUUGAAAACAGUUCCAAUUAGCUGUGCAAAUGACAAAUGGAAAUAUUUAACCUGCACAUCUAGCUUUAAUUUACUGAGUGAAUGAUUGGUUUACUUGUAUGGAAUUAUUUAAUUUUCCUUCUUGAAAUUUGAUUUAGCUGUAAAGCACUUUGAAUGUUCUGGUGUAUGAAUUGUGCCCUUCAAAUAAAGUUGACUUGCCUUGCUUUACCUUGAGCUUGUUGAUGAAUGCCUUGGGUCUUCUGCCAUCCUCCAAACAACUAGCUUCUGGCGUUAAAAUAGUUAUCUAUCUAAUCGGAAAAAUCAUCUGAAGGAAAGGGGCAUUUUUGGAGUUGUAGUUAUUAACUAGUUUUACUCAGUUCACGACAUUAGCAAAACCAUAGGAAUGAAUUAUUUUAAUAGCAUGCAAACCUGAAUAAAUGCUAGCUAAAUGUUGUUCUUCUCAGUAGGAGUUAUGUCUAAGUUAAAGCUGUAGCACGCAAUUUCUGGCACCAACUGGAAUCCAGUAUUACAACAUACCCUUCAUCACUUUGAUAUGACAUAGGCUAAAGGCAAUUUAGGUUAAUUAACCUACCAUGCAUGAUUUGGGGAUGUGGGAGGAAACCGGAGUGCCCGGAAGAAGCACACAUGGGGCAAGGGUUUGAACCCUGGUCCUCCGAUCGGUAAGAGAGACGUUCUAACCAGUCGCCCAGCAUGCCACUGAUAGCCACUAAAUAUUAAAGAAAAAAAAUACUGAAAAGUAUAGCAAGAUCUGUACUGUAGUGGUUUGGGUGUUAAGUACUUUUCAAAUAAAUAAUAAAUAGGUAUAUAUAAUAUAUCUUUAAUGGGGAUACGUUUGUUGUUUUUAAAGUGUGUCAAGUUAUCAAAACUUAUAUUUGAUAUUGGAAACAACCAUUUUCACUUUUUACUUUGCGAUUGAAGCAUAUUUUAGUCUGUAUUUUUUUACUUAAGGGGACAAUAUUUGACAAUUGUAGAUGGAUUAUUUGACAUUUCAUAAGGGGACAGAAAAUGCCCUCCAAUUCUGGAUUGAAGCAUGUAUCAGGGUGAUAUUUUGGUUUAUAAAGUUGGAGAUGCAUCACAUCACGAUACAUACGGUACUAGAUACAUCACUAAUGUUAAGUAUAAUUGAGAGGAGUCAUUGACGGCGUAGUGGUACAUUUACAUGAUUUCAGUGCACUAACCGUUGAGUCAGUUCUUCACAGUAUGUGUGUCCUAUGACUGGCUUGUGACCAGUCCAGGGUGGUGGAUCCCUUUUCAUCUCGGAUGGGCUCCAGUUCAGCUGAGACCCAAAAGUAGAGUAAAUGGAUGGAUGGAUAAUUUCAAUCUACAGAAAAAUGAUGAAGUUGUGCAUUCUAAGCCUUUGCACACAUAUCCACU